GGAGCCCCGACAGGAGUCCGGCCGCUGAGAAGGAGUUUGGCCGCGUAAAAAACCAGGAGGAGGAGGAGGAGGCGCCUGACGCGUCGAGCCGAUGGAUUCUUCAUGUUUGCUUCAGAGGACAUCCUCUGCGUGGAACAGUUACCAGCCGUGACGAAAAGCCUUCAGAACGGCACGUAACAGCGCGGGGAUACCAGACAUGAGCCGCAACCAGCGUGGAUCUCCAGGAUCUCCUCUGUGCUCCUGUGCGCGCUUGGAACAGACGAACGCGUGCAGACCUGCUGGUGGGGCCAGAUGGAGAGUUUGGAGGACGGACAGAUGGGACGUUACAUCUGUAAUGUCCGCAAAAGUCAAGGUGCUGCUGUGGGUGCUGUUCUCUCUGCUGCCCCUAGUGGAAGGAGCCCAUGUGGCAGAUGUAGCAAGAGGCACAGACUUGGGUCAUGCAGUGGACCUCCUGGGAGGCCAGGAGGAGCGAGAGGUCCCUGUGCCGCUUCCAGACGAGGAGCAGGAAGAUGACAGCGACCCUUACUCCACUUGGCAUGCUCUGUAUGAUCCCUUUGUAACGGAUGAAGUGGAUGACCAUCCCAGUAGUCGCUGGGUGGGGCGGUCCCCACGCUCCUCUGACUCCUUAGAACCUCAGUCCAAAGGGUCACCGAAGAAAAGGAAGAAGAGGAAGAAGAAAAACAAAGAAGAGGAAGGAAAUGUUGAUAGGAAGGUUAAAAACAGCAGGCGGCCGAAGCAGAACAGCAGAGACUGUCGGGUAGAAAAGAGAGAGAUGAGGGUUCGCGAUUUGGGCCUGGGUUUUGACUCCGAUGAGAUCGUUCUCUUCAAGUUUUGUGUUGGCACGUGCCAGUCUUCACGCACAAACUAUGACCUGGCUCUGAAGGCCCUGCUGGAGAAUGGCUCACUGCCUCGGCACACCGCCCGUAAAGUGAGCAACCACCCGUGCUGUCGGCCCGAGCGCUAUGAGCCCGUCUCCUUCAUGGAUGCCCAAACCACGUGGAGGACCAUCCAGUCUCUGUCUGCUGCCAGCUGCAUCUGUAUGGGCUGAACACACCAACUUGGAAGAGCGUGCCUCCUCAGAGAGGAAUCGGGGGCUGCAAGAAGGCCUAGAGGCCUGAGGGGGGCGCUGGAACACACACAAAGCAGGGCUGGGUGGGACAAAUGCAGGAAACAAGGGGGGACACGUGUGUGCUUCCUGUGAUGUCAUUGUUGAAAAUGAGGAAAACACUGGGCUUGAGGGAAAAGGUCAAAACAUUGAUCUGGAGGACACCAGGACUUUCAGUCUGGCCUCAUAUGUGGAAUGUUUUCAGCUAAAUAACAACGCCACGUCCGCCAGACUGACGAGGACUCACGACAGACGUGUGUUGUUUUGUGAGCACAUCCUGAAAGCUGAAGCUCUGACGACACAGAAACACUAAAAACUCAAACACUGUGAUUUUGAACUGUGAUUUGCGCUGACACAGUGACGGACAUUUUCCCUCACCGCUCGGCCACAACACGUUUCCUUGCAUCAAUUCUAUGUUCAGGUGAACUCAGCCAAAUGGAUGCCGUGCAUCUUCAUGUAUUACUGUAGAAAAGUAAAAUAUAUUUAUUUCUGAUAAAUUAUUUAUUUAUUAUGGCUUCAUACGAGAGCUGUUUUAAUUAACUCCAUAUUGUAGAUUAAUAUCUAUUUAUUGCCAAAACUCAGAUUUCAUGUUAACGUUUGCUCACAUUGUAUUUAAAGGUGCUGAUUUACAGUCAAGUCCAUAAGAAUUUGGUCAGGGAUGCAAUUUUUGUAAUAUUGCCUCUACACACCAUCACAAUGGUGUUGAAAUUAAAUAAUCAAGAUGUUAUUGAAGUGCAGACUUCCAGCUUUAUUUUAAGGGAUUGAACAAAAACAUCAUAUGAACCAAAGAAUUACGUUUUCCAGAGUAUAAGUUGCAGUUGUUACUUUUAAUUUGUUUGGGAGGUCUUGAGUCAUAUAACAAAAUAAUAAUAAUAAUAAUAAUAGUAAUAAAACUAUUUAUAUAGGGCUUUCCCCAGAUCCAAACUACUAAACACAAACUCUGUUAAUAAAAUAAUAAACACCAAUAAUAAAAGUGCAUAACAACAAUGCACAAAAAUCCCAAAUCAAAGACUUGAUUAAGAAAAAACAACAUCAAAAGGACUCAUGUUUUUUAUUGUAGUGUUUCCAGUGCUGGAUGCAAGCAUGUUCGUUUGAGUUCUUUUAUCCAAUAAGCUAUACAAAGUUUAUUUGCUCAUCUUGCUUAUUUUUGAAAUGUAAAAGUCCUUAUGUGAAGUAACAGCACAGGCUGUGGUGUGCACAUGUAAUAAACUGAGUUAGUGUAUGUUGUUAAACGUGCCCUCAGGGAAACGCUGAGUUCCACUCAAAAAAAAAAAAAGAUGCUACUUGUACUCAGGUGUGGCUUAUAA